AUGGACAAAGCUGCCGCCGAUAUAUCCAUCUCCUCGCAAAUCCAGUCUUCGGAAUUUAGAAAUAAGUCAUCAUAUUACUCCAAGAAGCUAUCCAUAACAAACUCCUCUUAUGUGAGGGUGAUGUUUCUUCUUGGAAUUCUGCAAACAAUAGGCCUGGUAUUUUUUACUCGUGGGUUCUUGCUAUCAAGGAGUGUCCUUUCGGACCUUUCAACGUGUAAGUCGCAGAACAGACUUUUAGAGGACAGCUAUAAUGGUACUUGUUUUCAUCCGUAUCACUUUGAGAAGGCAGUUAUUUUGGUAAUCGACGCGUUAAGGUUUGAUUUUACAAUACCAUUUGACAAUGUAACUGAAGACUCACCUGACUACUACUACCAUAACAACUUUAAUGUUUUUUAUGAUAGGUUUCAAAACGAACCAGGAAAUUCUUUGCUGCUCAAAUUUAUUGCAGAUCCACCUACUACAACUUUGCAGAGAUUGAAAGGAUUGACCACUGGAUCUUUGCCAACGUUUAUUGACGCUGGAUCAAAUUUUGAUGGUGAUACGGUCUUUGAAGACAAUUUGUUGAGUCAGCUAUUCUACAAUAACAAAACCGUUGCAUUUGCCGGAGAUGACACAUGGACUUCGAUGUUUUCGCCAUUCUUGAACAGGUCAUUGACGUUUCCAUACGACUCCUUGAACGUAUGGGAUUUACACUCUGUUGAUAACGGGGUUGUUGAUCACAUAUUUCCGUUAUUAGAAAACCAAAACCAGCAAAAAUGGGAUGUUUUGAUUGGUCAUUUUCUAGGUGUUGAUCAUUGCGGUCAUAGAUACGGACCAGACCACUAUGCAAUGAAGGACAAAUUAGAACAGCUGAACCUUAUUGUGGAACGAGUUAUCCAACAAUUAUCGGAUGACACGUUGUUAGUUGUUUUCGGUGAUCAUGGUAUGGAUUCCACCGGGAAUCACGGCGGUGAAUCAACUGAUGAGGUAGAAGCUGCCCUCUUUAUGUAUUCCAAACGAAAACAGUUUAAACUUCUAGAAGAUAAAAUAAAUUACGAUAUAUCAAAUGGCGGUGAAAAAUAUAGAAAAGUUAAUCAAAUAGAUCUAACACCUACACUGGCAAUGUUAUUGGGAAUUCCAAUUCCAUUUAAUAGUUUGGGAUCACCCAUUGCUGAAGCGUUUAUGAUUGAUGAAACCAAGUAUGCCAUGGCUUCAAUGCUUGCAUCUUCUCAAAUUAAUAAUUACAGAUUAAGCUCUAGUGAAUUAAAAGACGAUGAAGAUGUUAAUGACCUUUUCAAAAGAUUAAAAGAAUUAUGGGCAAAAAGAGAUUUGCCGUUACAAAACUUGGAAUUUAUAGAGAAAAGUGUUGCGUAUCAACAAUUAUCUUUGGGAAAAUGCAAGGAGAAAUGGGCUCGUUUUAAUGAUUUCAAUAUAUGGAUUGGUAUUGUGUUGAUAUUUUUAUCUUUGGUUGUUUUGAUAGUUUAUUCGAAACUCGUCCCUGCGGUGGUGGUUUCACAGUUAAACUACCAAUGUUUCUUAGCAUCAAUCAUAUUGAUUUUGGUUUACUGUGUUUUAUGUUCAUCGUUUGUGCUGAUUUUCAAACCAGAAGGCCUUGAACUCAGUUGGGCUCUGAUAUUGGGGGUUGCUUUGGGAAUUGCUAACGGCAUACUGGCUCCAAUAAUGGAUCGGUAUUCUUUGUUUUGGUGCAUCUUGCAAGUGAAAGAAAAUUUGGUUCAAAAUGGAUGGACUUACUGCGGAAUGUUAAUCAUUUUACUGCAUUCUUUGAUAUUUGCUUCCAAUUCUUUUAUUAUCUGGGAAGACAAAAUUGUAUCAUUUUGGUUGUCUUCAUUCGGGUUCUUAGCUUUCUUCAAGUCCUUAAAAAAUGAAGAAAGACGAAAGAGGGUAAUUGGUGCGUAUCAUUCAUUUAUUUUCAUGUUGCUUACCCGUUUAGUUUCUAUGAUAAAUGCUUGCAGGGAAGAACAGGGGGAUAAAUGUUUCUCCAACUUCAAGAUGACUUGGUGGUCUAUUGGUUUGCUCUAUGUAUCGGCAAUAGUAUUGCCAAUUCUUGUGGAGCAAUAUUAUAAGAUUUCUUAUUCUUUUCAAGGUCCAGCUUCUAUUUGGAUUUCUAAAGGCUUUAGAGCUGUGCUACUCAUGAUAGCUGUCCUAUGGACCUUAGAGUACGUUGAAAAUGAUGAGUAUAUGACGAAGACUUUUGACAUUCCUUUUGCAACGAUCAAAACAUUGCGUUUAACUCUAGGUAGGGUGAUUUUAGGAAUUUCAUUCUUUGCCGCAAAUUUUGGUUGGAAUGCAGGACCAUUAUGCGUUAGAGUUGAGCUUGAGCAAAAGGAAGUGGAAGUUGCAAUUUCAACCAAGAAAUCUAAAAGGACAGCUCCUAAGAUGGAAAUGCAGAAGACAGCCAAGAUAAUUGGGUAUGGUAAUGUCUAUGGGUCUUCUUACUUUCUAUUCAUUAUCAACAUCCUUUGUUCUGUAUUAGUUGUUGCAAAACCCUUAGGCGGAGUUUCAUUAUUCAUUCUGACAAAUCAACUGUUAACUUUAUUUGAGCUCGUUGAUAUUUUGAGCAUUCGUACUAACUUGAUUUCAGUUGUUGUAUUGUGCUUAUUGGGUUACUUACAUUUCUUUACAACUGGCCAUCAAGCUACGCUACAAUCAAUUCAGUGGGAAAUUGGUUUCAUGUUCACUGAAACAAUAAGUUUCCCUAUAACUCAUUUGGCGAUCAUCCUGAACACUCUUGGCUCUUUUAUUCUAGUAGCACUUGCGGUGCCUCUUUUAUCACUGUGGAAAAUUCCACCGACAAAUAAGCCUGUUGCAUUAGUUUCAAAAAUAGCAGAAGGUUCGAUGACUAUGUUGAUAUACCAAACUUGCUUGACAUUAGUGACUUUAAUCACUACAAAUAAUUUGAGGCGUCAUUUGAUGGUGUGGAAGAUAUUUGCUCCUAGAUUUAUGCUGAAUGCGCUGAUCUUAUUUUUGAUGAACAUCAUACUAACAUUUGUAUCUGUCGGCUAUGCGAGCGUGAAAGUAAUAUUAAGAUGGUAUAGCGUUUUUGGAGGCUAA